AUGGCCGCGGCAGAGCUGAUCGUCGCCAAAACGGCGCUGUCGGGAGCCCUCUUCCGCCCCGACCCGCGGCCGUGUUCGCGCGACGACAUCGAGACGAUGCUCGCCCUCAUCCACUCGACCAUUUCCGAAUGCUCGCCCUCCAAUGUCCAGAGAUGCAAGCAAUGGGCUCUCACCAACCUGGUUCCCUCGUCUGCGCGGAUGCCCCCCUUCUGCAAAUACUUGGUCGCCCUCUCAAGGUCGUUCAAUGGGGAGAAGGGCCCCGGUGAUACGGGAUCGAGCAAGACCGGCCGUGUGCCCUCUGCCAAGCGCCGGCGCCUCCAUGUCCUAUACAUUCUGAACGACAUCCUCUACCACGCCAAGUACCGCACCCGAGACGAAACGUUUGCCCCGAAACUGGAAACUGCGCUACCGUCCCUGGUCAGGAGUGCCGCAGCUUUUCAGAAUUGCCCAAAACACAUCCGUAAACUCCAAGAUCUGGUCACCUUGUGGGAGGACAAUGGAUAUUUUUCUCGCGGCCUCAUUCAGCAGUUACGAACCGCGAUCGAGGAAGGCCCAUCGGCUCGCGAGGGGGAGACAAACAAGGCCGGCGAAGAGGCGGAUAUUUCAGCGAGUGCUGUGGCCAAGGCGGCAAAGAAUGCUCCGUGGGUUCUGCCCGCAACGCACGGCGACCCUUCGACGGCAUGGUACGAUUUGCCCGCUGGGAACUGGCUUCCAGUCCUCGAACCGAAUUCUACACGGCCGAUGAACCCAGGCAUGAUUAAGCCGCUGGUUCUGUCGCAGGGCCCUGCCGACAAGAGUCUCAUCGCAGCGGUCAAAGGUCUUCUCGUGGAUAUCGACAAGAUCUACACAAAACAGGAAGCCAACGGCGACGGCCCGCCUCCCAACAUUGGUCAAAUGGGUGAACGGGUCGAAAUUGACGAGAUUACUGGAGAAGUUAUCGAUGGGGAUACGUAUUACGGCUGGUCUCGCGCGUUCUGCGAGAGGAUGAAGCGCCGUCGGCGGGGCCGCGUCAUUCACAAAGCCGCUCUCCGAACCGCCGUCAUGGUCGUAGCGGCAGCUCCGAUCAGAGCUCUGGCCGGCCCGCCUUUAAACGCCAACGAUUAUCCCCAUCUCCGCACAGCCGACGCCGCAGCCGGAGCAGAAGCCGGUCCUCCAGUGAUCGCUCCAGCGUACCCCAACGAGGACGGGAAAGGGAAAUAUCAACCACGCAGCCCCAACUACUCUUCCUCACGCUCAAGGAGCCGGUCCGGGAGCCGCUCUCGUUCUCCGUUACGAUUCAACCAGCAGCAGCAGCAUCAUCAUCAUCAGCAGCAGCAACAACAACCGUUCUACCCUCCAGGAAACAACUUCAUGCCACAACCACCGAAUACCUGGGGUCAACAACACCCACCUCCACCUCCACCAUCAAAUAUGCAUUUUGCUGGACCUCACACCCACCCCCAUCCAUCACAACAACAGCCACCACCACACCCCGGUUACGGCAUGGGCUUCCCAGUUCCCCCUCCCCCACCGCAAAACUACCAAGGCGCUUGGCCACCCGCUCCACCGCCCAUGAUGCCUCAUCAACAGCAGAACUUCUUCGGGCCCGGUGGAAAUACAGUGCCACCACCACCACCACCGCCGAUGCCGUUUGCGGGAGGGUGGGUACCGCCUCCUCCACACUCUGCGGGUUCGGGACCACCUCCGCCGCCUGGUGGGCAUCAGAAUGGGUUUUAUCAACAGGGACAUGGUGGACAAGGACAGGGACAAGGGAGGGGAGGAUACCAGGGGAGAGGAGGGGGGUAUGGAAGAGGUGGGUGGCGGUGA